ACCAAAGCCCACAAGAUGAGUUGUGUGUUGGCUUGGCUUGAGUUGUGGGUUUGCUGUUUUUGCGUGUGGGUGGAAGUGAGAGAAAAAGGUGACGCUUCCUGGCUAGAUCUCUGUCUUGCAAGAUAAUAGUGCUGCUAAGGUAGAACUGGGUGGAAGUAGACCUGAGGACUCAACUGGGACCAUCAAGAUCAUCAUUGCCUUGGAAAUAGCAAUGGGAGAGAAGUGGAUGUGGGACUUUCUAACUGAGCCAUCUUUGGAUAUCAAACAUCUUUGUUUGGUGAAGAAGUACCGAUUGACGCAAGACCUCACCCAGCAAAAUAUCUCACCUCAGCCCUAUCAGAAGGCAAUUCAUCAUCUCCAUCUUUCUCUUUCCCUCAAAGUCUCAUGCCUCUCUCUUCUUCCGCUGUUUUUCCAGCUCCUUUGGCAAUCCGCUUCUGCAGGUCCUCCUUCGUUCUCUGUUUCCCCCAAACAAGAAGUCUAUAGUACCGGAGAAUCUAUAAACCUCACAUGUUCAGCUGCAGCAAACCAUCGCAUAUCAAGGGUCCAGUUUACUAACCGCAAGUGGAUCCUCUAUUUCUCCCAUCUCCCAUUGUUGACGGGGAACUUCACGCACGUCCUGCACCUCUCUCCACAAGACAGCGGGAUGUUCUCCUGCAUUUACUACGUUGAGGAGCCUGGGCAGGAGACUCUGUACCUGGAAAGCAAAGCGAUCAAGAUCUCGGUGUUGGAUCCCCUUCCUCCUCCCAUCCUAUGGUUGGAUCCUCCACCCAGAGGAAUGAACGAAGGAGAGUCUUUGCUCUUGACUUGCUCAACCCACCAGACCAACAGAAAGAGAAAGUUCCACUUCUUCAGGAAUGAGGUGGAGAUGAUGACCUCCAGCCUUGAGGAACCUCCAACGUCCAGAGAACUUGAAGAGGCUUCUCCAAAGGCUUCCUCUGUACAUAUCCUACAUGCGGGACCCAUUCAAACUGGGAUAUUCACCUGCAGGUAUGAGGAAAAAAGCAGCAAUGGGUGGACCCUCUCUCCCCGGAGCCAGACGGUGUAUCUCACAGUCUUGGCCCCGAAGCCUUGCGAACCAUCAACAUUGUUGUAUGUGUGGAUGGUAAUUCCGCUUGCGAUGGUGCUCCCCAUGGUCCCUCUGGCUUACUAUUUCGGGAGAAAGAAGAGCGCACCAAAACGCCAGGAAACAGUUCGGCCAGAGGAACACAAGGAAGAAAAUUAUUUCGAAUAUGUUGAAAUGAGACGUCUUAAUUGCCCAUUAUACAGCGCUCAGCCAUCACACUUGACAAGCUUUGCACCUCUUGUUCUGACACAACCGAAGCCAGCGUCAAAGAUGGAGAAUGGAUUCAAGGUACUGGGAGAAGAGGAAAAAGAAGAGGAUCUGUACAAGAACAUCCCACGUCAAGUCAAAAGCAGAACACAAAGCUAGACAUUGAAGAGUGGAAGAAGCACCUACAGCAGGCAUGGGCCAACCCGGGCCCUCCAGGUGUUUUGGACUUCAACUCCCACAAU